AUGGCAUAUAUGCCCAUCUUCCGGCGCAUUUGGCCCGAGAGGCCGGGCGUGUCGACCAAUUGGUACGACGAUUGGCACAGCUGGCCCCUAGACGAAACGGCGCUUGAAACUGUAUCGUUGCUAAGAGAUGAAGAUUGCGGUAAUGCCGAGCUCAACUUUUAG